AUGCGUAUUAAUUAUGAUCUUAUUUUACUUCAACCAGCUCAAGAAUGUUGUCCACAAUCAAGUGAACGUGUGAUUAGAAUUAUUUGUAAUGAUCCAAGAAAAAUGGUAUCAUGUUUAGAAGAAAUUUAUACAAUUUGUUGUCAACAAGCUGUACCAAUUGCAUCUAAUCCAUACAUUCCAAUCAAUUAUAAUAGAUCAAAAACUCAUCUCUAUUGUGGCUAUUUAGAUAUUCUAGUGCUCAAUCAUUCAUCUAUUAAAAAUAAUACUACAAACACAAAUUCUUUAUUUCUUCUUCAAUUAACAAAUCAUUUUCAAACUCCUAUGACUUCUAUUUCAUCAUUACCAGAAUCAUCUACUCAACAACAUGUUGCUCAUGUUCUUAUGAUUGUUUCCGUUCGUCAAACACUUUCAAUAAUAGAUAUGCAAGUAGACCCUUUAUUAGGAUCAAAAGAAAAAUGA